GGAGGCCGACAGAGUCAUCCUCACCACGUGCCAGGAGCGGGGAGCCCACCUGGACACCUUCCACGCCAUCUCCCAGAAACUGGGCAACAAAACUGCCAGUGAGGUGUCGCACAGGUUCCGGGAGCUGAUGAGGCUCUUCCACACCUCCUGCCACGGCAGCUCCGAGGAUGAGGAGGACGCCACCAGCACCAGCAACACCGACCAGCUGUCAGACAAAGACCUCCUGCUCUCUGAGGAGGAACCUGAUGACUGAGCCUGUACCAAACCAAAGGCAGGAAGUAGAAUGAAAAAAAUUCUUUAGAACUCACUCCCCCCUGGGGAGUUUCAGCAGUGGAAUAACAGAACUUGUGGACACUGAUCUGGCCUUGGGGCCUCUGCCCAGGACCUGUAAAUAUUGUACCCUGAAAUGUCACUUUUCACGUGACUUUUUCUAAGUUCUCCCCUCUUGUGCUGAUUGUAUGUGAGAUAGUUACAGUCUGAAUUUUCUAUUUAUUGUGUGGGUUUAUUUGAACAGGCAGAGCAAAUCCAAUUUGC